AUCCAAGACCAUUAAAAUUUUAUUAACAUACACUAUAAAAUAAUUAAAUCAUGAAAAAAUAUGAUGAAUAAUACACAAAUACACUUUUAAUAGAAUUUACGACGUAGACUUCAACGGCAGUCUACAUUUGUAGAUUUACAAAAACGUCUACACUUAUUAUCUAACAUAUAGUUAAUCCAAAAAUUUCUAGUGUAUUUGGCGCAUGCCUGAUACACAAAGGCGUACAAAGUGUGUCUUAGAUAACUCGAUCAAGUUCCGUACUUGUUGAUUAUUCGUGACAGGUAUAAGAGGAGUAUUUGCCUAUUCGGAGUCAUUUGUUUUAAAUGAUGUUUGGUAAGGAAUAUGUUAGCACCAUCUUCUCAAUUUUGUUGUCCAAAUCAUAAUCUUCUUGUGUCAUUUCAAAAAGUUUACCAUGUAUACAGUCAUCAUGCACAAGGAACAUUCUUCAACUUUUCCGAUUCUUCAUCCCUUUCGAAUAUUUUGUCACCCAAAAUGUAUUUGGCCCAUGCUUCACACUCGCUCUAAGUUUCCAACCACAUCCUCGAACACGACACUUAGCCACAUACAGAGUUUUCGUUGUUUUAUAUGCUGAGAAUGUAAAUUUAUAUUCCACAGCCACCGACUUCAGCUUUGAAACAAGCUCAGCCUUACUAGCAAAACUAUAAACGAAGACUUACAAAUACGUCUACAAUUAUUAGCUAAUAACAUUGUCAAAUCAAAUGAAUUAUAUCUUCAUAAUUAUAAAAAAAUUUCUUUUCAAAAUCACUCAAACCCAUUAGGAUUAACUAACACACACUGUCAAACAAAAAAAACUAGAAAAAAAUUAAUGAAUAAUACACAAAUUCACAUUUUUAUAGAUUUUUCUAUGCAGACUUAAUAUUUAGUCUCUGAAGAUGUAGACGUUCUUUUCAAUUUACAGACGUAGACUGUCAAAUAGGUCUACUCUUUGGGUUGGUUUUUGCAAUUGACCAUUUUACGGGUUGCUUUCUAUAGUUGAAUAAAAGUUGUGAUUUUGUAAAUGUAGGCUUUCAUUUCAGUGUACAAUUUAAAAAUGUUACUUUUUGCAAUUGACCAAAAUUCAUCCAAGAUUUGACUUUCAGAGUUUUCAAGUCUACAAUAUGGGUUUAAUUAUGACAUGUCUUACCACAAUUAUGACAUAAAAUUCAAAUAGAAACAAUAAAUAUAUAGUAGUAACCAUAAAAAAAUUAUAAGCAACAUAAAUUAAAUCUUAGAUAAAAUUUAUCAUAAACUUAUACACUCAACAAAUUAAUAAAAAAUAAAUAAAAUAUUUAUUUAUUUUAAUAGUAAUUUAUAUAUUUUAAUUUUUCUAAAGAGAACAUCAAUCUAUGGUAAAAUUGUAAUAAGAUAUUGUGUCACUACCAUAUUUUUAUAAAUAAUAUUAUAUUAUUUUCGGCAGUUAUUACAUGAUGUUAAGAUUAUUGUAACAUGACCAAUUUAUUAUAGAUAUUUACAUUUUGAUAAGAUUUUUAGACAUUUAAUAAUCUUUGUAAAAUAUCAAAGAUAAGUAAAGCUAUAUCUAAUCAAGUUUGUAAACUAUUGAAUUGUAUUUAAAAUUUAAUUGUGAUAAAAUAAUUUAAUGUAGUGAUCAUUAGCAUUCAGGUAUCUUUUAUAAGUUAAAUAUGUUUUACUAAAACCGACAAAUAAAUUUUUAUUCUUAAAAAAUAAGUAAAAUAGUAUAAAAAUUAUUAUUUCAAAAAACGAAAAUUAUUUUUUAAAAUACAAUAAUUUAAAUACAAUGAAAUUAUAAAAUUAAAAUAGAUAAAAAAUUACAAAUGAUUACUUUAUACUUUUAAAAAUUAAUGUAAUAAAAAUAUUUUCUGAACAAAAAAUAAAAGUUAUUAUUUUUCGCAUGGUACAAGAAACCAUCUAGUAUAUUAUUUAUAAUUUGAUAUACAUAAAUUGGAUCAUCAUUGUUGUAAAUUAAAAUUGUUAUUUUAUUAAUUGUUGAUUAUUUUAUACUUAUGUGAUUCAGUAACCAUAAAUAAAAUUAUUACUAUCCUUUCUAAUGUUAAAUUUAUAGCUAUGUGAUGUAUUAUAGUUGCUAAAAUAAAAGGAUGAUAUAUAACUUUUCAUUCUGAAGCGUUCAAAAUUAAAACAAAAGGUUUUUACUUCUUGACCUUCUUUUUCAGAAAGGGAUAAUAUUCGCACAUAUGAUUUAGAAAGGGAAAAUACUUAACUAAGUACAAAAUCAAUGCCAAUUAAUUUAGAAAUUCUAAAACUUUGGGAAAGCUUCCAUAUGCCAAAUCACUAACCGUAUCACAGAGAAUCUGAAAUCUCACUAAACGUUUUUAUGGGAAAAACAAUAGAGCAUACUGCUUUCACGUCUAAUUUGUGAGAAAACUAAAACCCACGUCUGUUCUGAAAAGUCAAAGAUCUCCGAAAGCUAUCACUACCUUGAUCAAAACGCAUUGCUCAUCUCAAAUUUUCCAGGGCCUUCUACUGAUUUGUAAUGUCAUGUUUUAUUUUGUAAUACAAAUGCCGUUUGCUUCAACAUCGUAAACAAAAUCUCUGAUCAUUGAUUAGAUCAUUCCUAUUGUCACAUGUUUUAAUUGUAUCGCUCGAGUGUUUUGGCUCUUUAUAGUAUUGUUUAUAUCAAUUAACAGGAGUAAAGGUGUUGAUGGCAUUUGGAGCUUAGAAUCAAAAGUGGUACACUAAAACAUAACUAUGGGAAUCUUGUCACGCAGGUAAACAAGCAUCUUUAUCUCGUUUAUUUUCUUCUUCUUCUUCUUCUCUCUAUAGAUGCAGAUAAAGCUUUAGAUCAGAUGAUAAUUGUUGUUAGUACAGUCCAACUAAAUGUAGAAGAUCAGAAGAUCAUGGCAUGAAGCUUCUUGCAACUGCUUUGUGUUCUGUAACUUUUGGUAUUCUGAUUGGACUAUCAUUUCCAUCUUUAUGGAUCACUAAGGCUAGUCUACCAAAAACCCUUCUUCGUUCUGUUGCUCUCUCACAUAUAGAUUCAGAUACUGCAGCUCCUACACAGGCCAUUGAUAACUCAAAGGCAUGUUUUAUGUAUUUGUUUUGAGAAGAAUGACAACUUUUGUUUGCAUGUUUCAAGAACAAUGUGAUUCACAUUCUCAGAUAUGGGUUCCUUCAAAUCCUCAAGGCGCUGAGAGAUUGCCACCGGGUAUUAUUGCAUCUGAAUCAGACUUGUACUUGCGCAGAUUGUGGGGGAACCCUGAAGAGGAUUUGAAGAAUAAACCGAGAUAUCUAGUAACAUUUACCGUGGGAUAUAACCAGAGACACAAUAUAGAUGCAUGUAUUAAGAAGUUUUCAGAUAGUUUCACCAUUGUUCUGUUUCAUUAUGACGGGAGAGUAAGUGAGUGGGAUGAUGAGUUUGAGUGGUCAAAGAAUGUAAUACACAUAAGUGUCCUCAAGCAAACCAAAUGGUGGUACGCAAAGAGAUUCUUGCACCCGGACAUUGUAGCGCGAUACGAUUAUAUAUUCAUAUGGGAUGAAGAUCUUGGAGUUGAUCACUUUAACGCAGAAGAAUAUGUACACAUGGUCAAGAAGCAUGGCCUUGAGAUUUCACAGCCUGGUUUGGACCCAGAGAAAGGUUGUACAUGGCAGAUCACUAAAAGAAGAAAACAUGUCGAAGUCCAUAAGGAAACAGAUGAAAAACUUGAAUGGUGCUCCAAUCCUCCUCGGCCUCCAUGUGCUGCAUUUGUAGAGAUUAUGGCUCCUGUUUUCUCAAGGGAUGCAUGGCGCUGCGUGUGGCAUAUGAUCCAGAAUGAUUUGGUUCACGGUUGGGGUCUUGACUUUGCACUCAGAAGAUGUGUUGAGGAGCCUGCUUACGAGAAGAUAGGAAUUGUAGACUCUCAGUGGAUUGUUCAUCAGUUUAUCCCUUCACUUGGCAGUCAGGGAAAGGAAGAAAAUGGAAAAUCUCCAUUGGAAGGGGUGAGGGACAGAUGCCAUAUGGAAUGGAAAAUGUUCGAGAGCAGAGUAGAUAACGCAGAGAAGGAUUAUUUCAAAUCAUUACAAGUUCAAAGCCAAUCCAAGUCAACCACCGUUCAAUAGGACCUUAACCAUUUUUGUUGUAUUCUGGAGUGAUUCUUCCCAAUAUUUACAUACAGAUCUAUAUAGUAGUAAUAUAUAUAUAAAUACCUCUUAUAUCAGAUUCUACUGGAUAAUAGAAAGAGGCUUGUUAAUAAACUCUUCAAGAUUUAUCAAAUCACUUUUGCCAAAACAAUGAAGUUCAAAGAGCUGAGACAGAACAGGUGUGUCAGCGCGUCCUGCCUAGCCAUGCUGCCAUGGUGUGAGUUGAGUCUCCACACGUCAGUUGUGAGUCGACCACGGGAGAAAAAUGAGCUCUCCGCAACGCACCAUCUGGUUGGCUGAUCAGAACAGGUGUCAGAGGAACAGCAGACAACAUAACACAAUCAUUGGGUGGGGAUGAUCCUCUAACGACAACCUCUGUCGUGGUGACACAUGUUUAGACCACCGCUGGUUUUAGAAAACUCUAAUCGCCCAUCGUAAUAUGAGUGAUGGCUCUCUCUCUCUCUCUCUCUCUCUCUCUCUCUCUCUCUCUCUCUCUCUCUCUCUCUCUCUCUCUCUCUCUCUCUCUCUCUCUCAAAAGCGCUGUACAGUCUCUGUGAAUACAAUACAACAAUAAAACGUUAUUACCAAUGGGUAUUUCGCUAUUUCUGACAGCGUCAGAAGGAGUAGUACCACUUCUUGUUUCUUAAAGAGCAUGGUGAUUUCUGUUUUUCAAAUUGUUGGAUACGAUACUGAACCCUCCAUAGAGAUAGAGGAAGACAAGCCUAAAUAGGAUAGGAGAAGAAGAGUCUCGAUAACGCAGUUCAAGUCUCUGUGUUAAAACAGAGGAUAACAAGAAGAGAAAGGAGUAGA